AUUUUUAACGGUUAACUCAUUUAUUGAACCUCUUUUGUAGCCGUUGUGAUCAUUUUUCUACCCGACUUGUGAUGUUUUUCCUGUCCAUGGGUUUUGUUUGUUAGUCAUAGUUUGUGAAUAGAGGUCAAUCAUCACCCGCCCCAAGGCACUAGUGUACGUCUUGGGAUGUAUUGGAACGUACCACUCAUAUGGCAGGGGAGAUAAGGUUCAGGUCUAGGGCAUAAACCAAUGAUUGCUUUAAACGUGGGUUAACAUUUUAGUUUUAUGUUGAUACACCACAGAGGGGAGAGUUUCAACGAAGUAAACAUAUAUUGGUUUGCAAUGUUUUUACGAAUUAAAAAUGUAUAAAGUUUUUGGACCAGCCCUUUGCCGAUCUCGUGAUCAGAGUUACGCUCUCCUGCCCAGGAAAGGUUGGUCUGAUUUCUCAGUCUGAUACCCGGAAGUUUCAAAAGCGAUACAAAGAAACACCGGCAGAGACUGAGAUGGCGUUUUGUGUUCUAGUCUUCACUCCAUUCUUCCUCCUUGAGACAUUUGCUACCACAGCGCCGCCCCUCAGUACAAUGAAACCCGAAAAUGUAACUAUCAAUAUCACAGUUGUGCCUACGGCAGAGAUCACGACCUUUACGGCAGAGAACACGACCAUAGAAAACAACGGAACAGACUGUGAUCAUGAUUGGUGCCUUUUCGGGACCAAAUGGGCGCUCCCUGUCCUCAUCGCGGCUGGCGUUAUUCUGGUCGGCAUCGUUGUCUUCUUUGUGGUUUUCUGCGUGCGACGAAGCAAAAGAUUUAGGCAGCGUGAUCAAGAGAACGGAACGGCUAGUUGUAAAAGACGGAAAAUUGAACAAGAGCUGUCCGAAAUGUUGACCAAGCGUAAUACACAGCCGCCGGCUCCUCUGCCGAGGCGCGGCCGAGUGGUCAGCGACGCUGCAGCGAAAAUUGCCGAGUGCGCGACGGAAAGUGCCGAGCCCACUACACCGCAAUACAUACAGUUAGAAGACCCGAUGGAUUCCUAUCUCGUCCCAGGGCAGCCGGUCCACGAUCCAGACCAAGACUACGAUUAUGCAGACACUGAGCCAUGCGCUGGUGCCACACAAGGUAACGACGGAUACUUGCAGCCAGGGGUACGCGUCCACGACGCAACCGAAGAUUAUGAAAAUUCAGACGUAUGUAAGCAUCCAACUGAAGAUUAUGAAAAUUCACAAGUAUGGACCAGCGGAGCUUCAGCGCAAGACAAUGACCUUCCGGAAUAUGCCAACACUCCCGGGCCGGCUCGACAGGACUCUGAACUGUAUGAAGACGUGCUGGUCCCUGAGAGGAAAAGUGCGGGUUCUAAGGGGAAGGGUACAAGGGCCAGUCUGAGGAACGCUUGGAACAAAUACGUCAACGUGGGAUUCAGGCGUCAGAAGAGCGACUAUCAGGAUGACGACAUCUACGAGGACACUUGUGUACCGAAGCGUUGAGACGUGGUACAGUCAAUGUGUAUACCACCACUACAUAAGUCCCCACCACUACAAAUUACUAUUGGCACAUGUCCUAGUAGUAGGCUAACGUUACGCAGUGCCACCUUCAUACCAAAUUUCAGGUCAUUUGGU